CUCUGUUAGACUCGCGAGAUCGGUCGACGCGUCAGCAGCGGAUUUUUCAAUCGUCAUUCAGACUCUGCGAUUAAUAAAUCAGCUGAUGAUCGCCAUGACAAAACAUACGAUUCUUCGACUUCUUAUAUUGUGCAAUUAUCUGUUCAUCGGCCAAUCGCGGACAAUUCCACAUGUUAAUGGCACCAAAAUUCGCACUAACAAUGAUAAUCAAAUCACCAAGAACCCAUUCACCCUGGAGGAGAUUUAUCUUCAACAUUACUAUAUCUUCGGCUUCAAUGGCACGUGGAUUUCCGAUACAGAAAUUAUGGUUACAGACAUUGGUAAAAACAAUAUUACUGUUUAUGACGUAGUAACGAAAAAGAAUAAGCGGAUCUUUGAUGGAUCCAAAUUACCACUGCCAUACAAAUUCAGCUCGGCAACAUUCUCGGCUGACAAACAAUAUAUUCUGUUCGGUUACAAUGUUAGACAAGUAUUCAGACACACGACCGUUAGAAACUAUGUAGUAUACGACGUAAAUCGCAGGACAUAUGAAAAAAUUGCGGAUGAGGCUCCUAUCGUAUUGGCGUUAUGGUCGCCGAUCGGCAAUGAUUUGGUUUACGUUCAUGAUAACGAUAUCUAUCACAUGAUUUUUAAUCACGGCCAGACUAUAGUCCGUAGAUUGACGGAAAGCGGUAAACCCGGUGUCCUUUACAAUGGAAUUCCGGAUUGGGUAUAUGAAGAGGAAGUGUUUAGGUCCGCAGUCGCAAUGUGGUAUUCUCCGGAUGGACAGCAUCUGGCCUUUGCAACCUUUAACGAUACUAUAGUAAAAGAUAUGGCAUACUUUUAUUACGGCGUGCCUGGUGCUCUUGAGAACCAAUAUCCUACUCAAGUAAAGCUAAAAUAUCCUAAGGUAGGUACACCUAAUCCAGCAGUUUUUUUAUCAGUAAUCGAUUUAAGUGAUCCAUCGUCAAAAGCAAUCAUUUUGGAAGCACCCGUUGAUGUGGUUGGCAGCGAUAAUAUUUUGUUCACUGCAAGUUGGUGGGACAUAACACAUGUGAUCGUGACAUGGACAAACCGCGUGCAAAAUCAAUCUCAAUUGAUCAUGUACGAUACGCAGGGUGCUAGUAAACCGAUUUUGUACGACGAGGAAAAAGAGGGCUGGCUUCAACCAAAUCGCCCAAUAAGAGCCGAUGAUUAUGCGUUACUUUUACGAUUGAAGGAUUCUGGCACUAGCGCCGGUAAAUUUCGACAUAUAGACAGAUAUGAAUACGAAAGUGGCCGAUUCGUUUCAUCGGUAGAUCUGACGCCCGGUCCCUCUGAGGUACAUUCCAUUUUGGCCGUCGAUUCGCUUAAAGGCAAAGUUUACUACCUUGCUACGGCACCGGGUGAACCGACCCAGAGGAAUUUGUAUUCGGUGCCUCUGGAUGCGAGCCAGAAACCAACUUGCAUAUCCUGCGGGCUGCUUACGCCGGAAGGAAAUAAAUGCGCGUACGCGACUGCAUCUUUUUCGAGUCGAAGAUCAUAUUACGCUCUCACCUGUUCUGGACCUGAUCCAGCUACAAUAACAAUUAUGGACAGCAAUCAUCAGCCAGUUUUGAUUUGGAAAACUAAUCUAUUGAUAAGACAACGUUUGUCACAACGGUUGAUGCCGCAACAAAGAGAUUUCAACGUCACCGUAAACGGCUAUAAUGCUAGGGUCAGAUUGUUACUGCCGCCGAAUUUCGAUGAAAAUAAAUCGUAUCCCUUGUUAGUAAAUAUUUACGGCGGUCCAAAUUCAGUUAGAAUCACUGAUAAUGCAAAAUAUGAAUAUGAGUAUUAUCUAACAACUAACAAACACGUAAUCUACGCGUGGAUCGACGCACGAGGAUCAGCAUUCAAGGGCAGCAAGAUGCUCUUCGAGAUAUACAGGAAUAUAGGAACUGUGGAGAUCGAAGAUACGAUCGCUGUUACUGCAGCUCUGCAGAAACAAUAUAAGUGGAUCGAUGCGAAUAGAACGGGUAUAUGGGGCUGGAGUUAUGGUGGUUUUUCUACUGGCAUGGUACUCGCAACAGACACAGCCUCUGCGUUCAAGUGCGGUAUAUCUGUUGCGCCUGUAACUUCGUGGAUCUAUUACGAUUCUAUUUAUACGGAGCGAUUCAUGGGACUGCCGACUGCCAAGGACAAUCUCGCCGGUUACAAUCGCACGGAUAUCACACGACGAGUAGAGGGAAUACGCGGCAAAAAAUUCAUGUUAAUACAUGGUACUGGAGACGACAACGUGCACUAUCAGCAAGCGAUGGCGCUCGCCAAGGAGCUGGAACAUAACGACAUCCUGUUCGAACAGAUCACUUACACGGACGAGGCGCACAGUCUCGAACACGUGUCCCCUCAUUUCUAUCACACGAUGGACAAAUUUUGGAACAAAUGCUUUGGCUUGACCUAAACACGCUUCUAGAUUCACCGGAGAAGAGAAUUAUUCGCGAUGACAAAUUCGACUGCACUAAAUAUGUUAGAUAUUUUUAUAAUAUAAAAAAAGGAAUGAUGCUGAAAAUUUAGAAUUUAUUUACACAAUUACAUGACGUAAUGAACCUUGCGAUAUUGCCAAAUGUUUUUUAUCAGAAAGAACUUAGCAAGAUUUCUUGUUGUACAUAGUAACUUCGGUGACCUGGAUUUUCAUAUUAUUGGCCAAAAAAAAAAAAAAAUAAUAAAUAAAUACUUUUACAUUGUUCUUUCUUUGUAUAGGAUAUAAAAUAUACAUACACGAUACACGUCUUGCAUUUUCUGACAAUCAUGUUUUUGUCCAUGUAGUUCGCUCGUCCAAUUCGAUCGGUUAGUGCGGGCAAAGGGACUUUUGGGAAAUUUAAUCAUUCUAUCCAUCGUAUCCGCGAAUCCUUGUGUGCGGAAGAUGGGCGAAUUUUCGAGGUAACUUGGCUCGCUGACCUGGAAUCUUCGACAGUCGGGAAGAAAAAUGUUUGUUCAAACAUUCGAGCGAGUUUCCACUGAGUUUAUGACUCUUUUCGGUCAGUGAAGCUUAAGAAGGACAUUCG